AUGUCCGGAGCUGUGGGCCGUGAGGCGGUCUUCCCGACCCGCCAGUCGCUCGGGUUGAUGAAGAGUAAACUAAAGGGUGCAGAGACCGGACACAGCUUGCUUAAGAGAAAGAACGUUUCCGAGGUACGCAUAUCUACAUUUACUUAUCGACGACGUCUCCGCAGCACCGGCAUUAACCGAACCCCAGAGAUUACCCGACGUAUCGAUGAGGCGAAGCAGAAGAUGGGCCGGGUGAUGCAGGUCGCUGCAUUCUCCCUUGCGGAAGUGAGCUACGCUGUUGGUGGUGAUAUCGGCUACCAGGUCCAAGAGUCCGCCAAACAGGCCCGGUUCCGAGUUCGAGCGAACCAGGACAACGUCUCCGGUGUCCUGUUACCGCACUUUGAGAGCUACACAGAAGAAUCAAUCAACGACUUUGGCUUGACUGGUCUUGGAAAGGGUGGACAGCAAGUGCAGCGCUGCCGGGAGACAUAUGCUCGUGCUGUCGAGACGUUGGUGGAACUUGCGAGUCUGCAGACUGCGUUCGUUAUUCUGGAUGAAGUCAUUAAGGUUGUCAACCGAAGAGUAAACGCAAUUGAGCAUGUAAUCAUCCCCCGAACAGAAAACACCAUCAAAUACAUCAACUCCGAACUCGACGAACUCGACAGAGAAGAGUUCUACCGCCUCAAGAAGGUCUCGGGCAAGAAGCAACGAGACGUCGCGGCAGCCGAUGCCGAAAUCGAAGCCGCACGGGAGAGGGAGGCCCAGAAGCAACUAGGUGCUGCCACCGAAACCCCAGACGGCCCGGAGGCGCCCGAUGUCCUCGGGGAGCAAGAGGACAACGAUGUCAUUUUUUAG